GAAGGAAGAAAAAGAGAAGCUAAAAUACUUUACUAGGACCCAUUCAUUGUCUCCUUGGUACCCCAUGAUAUGAUUUCCAUCUUUCUCAGCUGCAAUUCUACUCAACUCUUUCUUCUCCCUCCAUAUUAUUUUCCCUUAUCUUAGUAUAAACAAUUCAAUCAAAUUUCUGCCUGAAAUGAUAACUUGCUCCCUAAAUCUUUAUCAAGCAUAUUGAUUUGAAAAAAAAUUAAAAAAAUUGUCAACCUAGGUUUUACAAACUACAACAUGCAAGCUAUGAUGUCAAAUGGUCAUAGAAGAGUCGAAGAAGGAGAAGGAUCAUCAUCAAGAUCAUCAACUACUGUAACCCUAGCACCAUCUGAUCACCAUCGUCAGCUACCACCGCCGCCCCAACUGAGCAGGUACGAGUCUCAAAAACGUCGCGAUUGGAAUACUUUUGGACAGUACUUGAAAAACCUAAGGCCACCAAUUCCUUUAUCCCAGUGCAACUAUAACCAUGUACUAGAAUUUCUCCGAUACCUAGAUCAAUUCGGAAAAACUAAGGUGCAUUUACAUGGUUGCCCUUUUUUCGGGCAACCAGAGCCACCAGGACCCUGUGCUUGUCCUCUCAGACAAGCAUGGGGUAGCCUAGAUGCACUCAUUGGUCGGCUUAGAGCUGCCUAUGAAGAAAACGGUGGUUUGCCCGAGAAUAAUCCUUUUGCAAGUGGUUCUAUACGUAUUUAUCUUCGUGAGGUAAGGGAUUUUCAAGCUAAAGCAAGAGGAAUUUCUUAUAAGAAAAAAAAGAAGAAGAGGAAGUUGCAAAUUAAUGCAAGUACAAAUGUUGAGCCAACUGCAACAUUUCAGCUGCAAUCUUCUUGAAUUGUUUUGGCAGCUUCUGAAGGAACAAGCAAAAGGUAGUUAAAAUAUGUUACUAUGUGUUUUUCAAUAAGAGGAUAUUGCUUUGUUCUUUUUACAAAUAUGUGUCUCAGUUUUUUGAUACCAUGAAGGAUAACUUCAUGAUGUGAACAUG